AUCAACGCCACUCGCGACUUAAAAGUGGCAGCAGCAGCAGCAGAGGCAACAGCUUCAGCAGCUUCAGCAGUUGCAGCAGCAGCAUAAGUACCAUCAGCGAACCAUCACCGCCAGCAAUCAUCGUAAUCAUCGCCAGCAGCAGAGCGGACUCGUGCCAGCGAUCAGGUCGCAGAGACGGCGCCUCCCCUUGGCGCGCGUUGAAUGAACGAGCCCACGACGUUUGCGAGUGAGAGAAUCUCCUCUGCCUGACAUCUCUCUCUCUCUGCCUUGCCAUGACCGCAGCCGAGAGCAUGGAGGCGCUGCCCGUGGUAGCGGCGGGCAGCGGGGCCCAGCUGUGGGACAUCUCGCACCCUCCCGUGCUCUUCUUCCUGCUCUCCGCUCUGCUCAUCCUUCUCGUCACCCUGGAGGCUCGCAAGCACGGCCGCUCUCAUCAGCAGAAGCAGCAGCAGCAGCAGCAGCAAAAGAACAGCGCUCCCGACCCUCCGGGUCCCUUCGCGUUCCCCAUCGUGGGCAACUCCCUCCAGCUGGGACCGAUGCCUCACCUGACCCUCACCGCCAUGGCGCAGCGCUACGGGCCCGUGUUCCGCAUCCACCUGGGCCACGAGCCCGUGGUGGUGCUCACGGGCGAGGAGAUCAUCCGCGAGGCGCUGGUCAAGCGCGGCACCGAGUUCGCGGGCCGGCCCGACUUCCCCUCCUUCGCGCUCGUGUCGGGCGGCAACAGCAUGUCGUUCACCAACUACAGCGAGCUGUGGCGCAUGCACCGGCGGCUGGCGCACUCCACUUUGCGCGCCUUCUUCACGGGCACGGCGGCGACCCGCCGCGUCUUCGAGGGCCACGUGCGCCUCGAGGCAGCCGAGCUGUGCGCGAUGCUCGCGGCGGCGACGAGCCGGGCGGGAGGCGGCGUCGUCGACCCCAGCGAGCCGACGGUGUUGGCCGUGGCCAACGUCAUCUCGGCGGUGUGCUUCGGCAAGCGCUACGAGCACGACGACGCCGAGUUGCGCGACCUCCUGAGCAACAACGAGCGCUUCAGCAAGACGGUGGGCGCCGGCAGCGUGGUGGACGUAAUGCCGUGGCUCAUGCGCUUCCCCAACCCGGUGCGCUCCAUCUACCGCGACUUCGAGCAGAUGAACAACGAGUUCUUCGCCUUCGUGCAGCGCAAGGUGCAGGAGCACCGCGACUCGUACGACCCCGCGGCGACCCCGCGCGACAUGAUCGACGCGCUCAUCGGGCACAUCGAGGGCGGAGGCGGCGACAGCGACGAGGAGGGAGACGCGGCAGACGGGGCCGGCGCCGCUGCUGGUGGCGCUGCUGGUGGCGCUGGAGGCGGUGCGCGCGAGGAGCCCCUGAAGUUGGGGCCGCAGUACGUGGACAGCACCCUCACGGACGUGUUCGGGGCCGGCCAGGACACCAUGUCCACGUCGCUGUUGUGGUUCGUGCUCCUGUGCGCCAAGCACCCGGACCUUCAGGCCGACAUGCAGAGGGACAUCGACCGCGUGGUGGGACGCGAACGGCUGCCACGCCUGGACGACCGGCCGCAGUUGGCGUGCGUCGACGCGUUCGUGUGCGAGAUGAUGCGUCACGUGAGCUACGUGCCCUUCACGAUCCCGCACGCCACCACGACGGACACUGAGCUCAAUGGCUACCGCAUCGCCAAGGGCACCGUUGUGUUCGUGAACCAGUGGUCGGUCAACCACGACCCGGCAAUUUGGCGCGACCCCGAGCGCUUCGACCCGAGUCGCUUCCUGGACGAGACGGGCGCGGCGCUCGACCGCGACAUCGCGCGCCGGGUCAUGAUCUUCUCGUCGGGCAAGAGGAGGUGCAUCGGCUACGAGAUGGCCAAGAUGCAGCUCUUCCUCUUCUGCAGCGUCUUGCUCCACCAGCUGAGCAUGUCCGUGCCCCCCGGGCACGUCGUGAGCCUGGAGGGCGUGUACGGUCUCUCCCUGAAGCCCAAGCAUAUCUCGGUGGCGUUCACGCCGCGCGAACAGCUGCUGGGUCGGCCGGGAGAGGCAGAGGAGUGACGCGAGAGAGAGUGAGGAUAUUACUGUGUUAGUGAGAAUGUAAGUGAGAGUUUUGGGUGGGGGGCACAGAGAGUGAGCGAGAGUAAGAGCGCGCAUGCGUGACAGUGAGUGAGUGGGUGGGUGAGUGAGUGAGUGAGAGAGUGAGUGAGCGAGUGAGUGAGUGAGUGAGUGAACGAGAGAGUGAGCGAGAGAGUGAGUGAGCGAGAGAGUGAGCGAGAGAGUGAGCGAGUGAGUGAGCGAGAGAGUGAGCGAGAGAGUGAGCGAGUGAGAGAGUGAGCGAGAGAGUGAGUGAGCAAGCGAGUGAGCCAGAGAGAGAGAGAACACUUUGGGACAGCGAGUGAGAGCGCGGGGGGGGGGGGGCAGUGUAAGAUAAAUUUUAAAAAACAAAAAUCAUGAAUACGGGAUUGACAGGAGGCGCGAUCCGGGUGAGAGAGUGAGAUCAUAUUUUAGAGCGAGUGAAGAGAUGAACGGGACAAUUGCAAGAAGACACGACGUAGAUUGGAGAGAGAUCGUGUGCGAGUGGAGAAACCAGAGUUGUGUGAUACAUACUCAUGCUGAUGAUGAUGAUGAGUUCGUUGAGAGUGCGGAGGGAGCGGCUACGCAGUGGUUCGCGCACAGCGCCGCACACGCUGUGGACAAGUUCGAUUUACAGCCGCAGCGAGUGAUAUUUGAACGUGUCCUGCGGCCUCGUCCGUAUAGGUCGACACGGCCUUAACACCAGUACACGUAACUGGCAUGGCGUACGUGAGCAUCGCCACUUGGGGAGACAAAGGCGGUCGGGCGUCGUGACGGCUUUGAUGGGUGGUGGAUAACAGCACUUGCCCCAACAUACGAUGGAGACUAUAGGGGGGGUGGGGCUUUGCAUGUAUUUGUGUGUAUCUGCGUAUCAUGUACGCACAUAUACACACUUGCGAGAUGUGUGGUGCAAUUUGACGAUUACAUUCACGAUUCCUCCAUCGAUAAUUUUUUCAUCGAUUAUUUCCAUUCGUUCGCACAGCCGACGGUGGGAACUGCGGUCACUACUGGGUUCAUCUCGCGCGAUGAUAGCUGCAAAAAAAAACCACGUUAAUCGAUUACAUUGAUCGAAUCGUGACAUUGUAUUGGUGUCGACGACGGUGCAAUUCGUUACGGCCUCGCUUCUCAUUAAUUGCGUACGCAGAGCAAUCAAUCCCAAGGGCUGCCGUGGUAAAUAGAGACCCAAAACUCCCUUCCGUGUCGCCACGCCAGGAACACGUAUUUCAUUCAGCCCAUCGGCUGAUGAGCAAUCGAAACUGAUAACAAACCCGAGUUGAAUCGAGCUGAUAUGAGCCAAAGAAAAACAUAACCAAGAUAAUAUGUUCAAGAUGAUAUUGGGUCCAGAAAUGUAUAGUAAUUGUAGUAAUAUUAUACAUGUUAUUAUAAUAACACUAUUGGUCUGGAUGGGCAAACUCGCGUGAUUAUAUAUAUGUGUGUGUGUUUGUAUUGUCACUGAACAAAAAUCGGGCCGACUUUAUAUUUGCUGACCUCACCAAGGGUCUAAUUCACGCGUCGUUGGCGAAUGUUUAUUUGGUAUCAUUUGCUGCAGAGCUACGUUGAUCGAUCACCCCUCCACCAUCGAUAACGGAGGGGGGGGGUGCGGAGUUCGCACAGAGAUCACAACAAAGACAAAGAUCCUCCCCCCUAUAACCUUAACAGACUGCUGGAGCCAACAGUCACACUCACUCACACACUCACACACACACACUCACACACACCCCCACACACUCACACACAAACACACUCACACACACACCCACACACUCACACACAAACACUCACACACUCACACACAAACUCACACACACUCACACACACUCACUCACACUCACUCACACACACUCACACACACUCACUCAUACACACUCACACACAAGCACACACACUCACACACAAACACACUCACACACGCGUGCACACUCACUCACACACACUCACUCACACACUCACUCACACACACACACUCACUCGAAUACACCCAGAGCCACAUCGCAAAUUUGCCUCGACGAAUCGCUACUUUAUUUUUUUUGCGGACCUAGUGAGCCACACAGAGACACACAGAUACAUUGGGCCAAAACAUAUUUUAUUCUAAACAAAAUUUAUAGAUGAAAUAUAAUAAAAAUCGAAUCUGAUGAAUAGAUAUUGUUAACAUAUUAGGAAGAUCAUCAGACCCAAUAGUCGCGUUUCCGCUCAGAUACAAAACGAGACCCCCCCCCCCCCACUCCCGUUCGAUCUCAUUUGAGUUGAGUGCCCUUUGAAACAAGUUGAUAACCCACGCCCGCAUUUUUAUAUAUAUCAAACGCACACAACUCAAGCUCGUCAACCGUGGCAGUAAAAGAUACAAACCGUCGACUUUUCCUGCGGUGGCUAACGGGCCAUGUAAAGAAGCUGAAGGAUCAAUGCCCGAAACGUCGCCAAUUAUAUGCAUAUUAUUUUAAGGCGACAGUGUUGCCAACGAUCGUCGUGGGUUUGUUAAUUGUGUUUGUGCACCACCGCCAACGCACACAAAAUAGUUUAAUCGCAUACACACGUUUCUUAUUUGAUUACACAACUAUACAUAUUUAUUUGCAGUUCACGCUCAGAAGUGAGACGAAUGGUAGCGGCACCAGACCGUGAGAUACGGUGCCGGGGUGGGAGGAAGGAUUUAAUCCAGCAGUGGAUAAGACAAUGGAGGAUGUUGAUGACGAUGUUGUUCUCUUAAGAGAUUGCUCGCGCUCGAUUCAUUGUAAACACUUUACAAUUUACGAUCUAUAUCUGCCAUUAAUCGCCUCUCUGCGCAAACGGUCGCACGAAAAACGGAAUCAUUCGCUCGCCCGUUUCGGCCACUUCAUCUUUGCUAUUCUCAACCAUAUCCUGACAAUUAUAUAUUGUGUGGAUAUUUUUUUUUUUGGGGGGGGAGAGGUGUCCCAGGACAGCCCCCUAAUUGGAAUCAUCUGUCUGUCGUGCAGACAUCACGUGGGAUUUAAUGUGACACGUCACGUGGGAUUCAAGUUGCACAAUUACAUACUGGGUGAUGGGGGGGUCAGGUGAGUGGGUAGGUGGGCGAGUAGGUGGGGUGAGGAGUAGAUGGGUGAGUAGGUGGGGUGAGGAGUAGAUGGGUGAGUAGGUACGUCAGCGUGUUGGCGAGCAGGUGGGUUCGUAGGUGAGUACGUGGGUGAGUACGUAGGUCAGCAGGUGGGCGAGGUAGGUGAUGGGUGAGUAGGUGGGUGAGCUUCACAAGCUUCACAAUGAAGGCCCCCUUCAACUGACCAAUGAGCCACGGCACGCGACCGAUUUCGACAAAUCUCAGAAAGCUGAGCAGGUGUUGAGCCUGGAUAGUGUGAACAUGAGCGACCACCAACAACACAAAGCUGUAGGCUGCUGUGGUCAGCAGAUGGCAGUGCAGGAAAACCAAUUGCAGUACUGUACUUCUAUGUCCCCGCAUAUAUGCACCUGGCCUUGAUGAACCCUCACGGACCAGCGUGGCGAAGUAUGGUCAAAACAACCGCCAUAUGGCGUGGGGUAGGCCCCUCAUCCAGCAGUGUGUUGAUGGAAGGGAUUAUACAUUACUUGUAUUGUUACAUAUUCACAUGAUCUGAUCUCGGAGAAAUUUUAGACGUAAUGUUUCGUGUAAGCGUUCCUUUAUCCUGCGUUGAUUUCGCCCGAGAUCUCAACCAAGCUCGUGUCGUCUCAUCUACAGUGCGUUCAGCCACCAUCACUGCCAGGUCUCAACAAUACACUCACUCAUCCACUCAUUCACCCACUCACUCACUCACCAACCCACCCACCCACCCAUUCACUCAUCCACUCAACCACCCACUCAUCCACCCAUUCACUCAUUCACCCACUCACUCACCAACCCACCCACCCAUUCACUCAUCCACUCACCCACUCACUCAUCCACCCACUCACUCACCAACUCACCCACUCACUCAUCCACUCACCCACCCACUCAUCCACCCACCUACUCAUCCACCCACUCAUUCACUUUUCCACCCACUCACUCAUCCAUUCACUCAUUCACCCACCCACUCAUCCACCCACCCACCCACUCACUCACCAACCCACCCACCCAUUCACUCAUCCACCCACCCACUCAUCCACCGACUCACUCAUUCACUCACCCACUCACUCACCAACUCAUCCACUCACUCAUCCACUCACCCACCCACUUAUCCACCCACUCACUCAUCCACCCACUCACUCACCAACCCACCCACUCACUCAUCCACUCACCCACCCACCCACUCAUCCACCCACCCACCCACUCAUCCACCCACCCACUCAUCCAUCCACCUACUCAUCCACCCACUCACUCACCAACCCACUCAUUCACUUAUCCAUCCACCCACUCACCGACUCACUCACCAACCCACUCACCCACCCACCCACACACUCACUCACCCGCCCACCACACCAGCAGGUCACAACACUUAUCUCCCUGUCGCUUCCUUCCCUGGAAGCGUUUCACUUCGGACUUCCCUCCCAGCAUCACCGCCUCUCCACGCACUCUUAUCAUUGCAAAAUAUCAUAGUGCUGAUUGUUGCUGGCCGCAUGGAGUUUCCAGCCUUCGUACCCCAAUGCUCAGCAGCCGUUAUAUAAAUAUUUUUUUAAAUGUGCUUCAAGUAUAAGCAACCUUCCAAUGUUUUUUAUACCCAUCAUGUGCAUGCGUAAUUCGUAUUUAUAGUCUAUAAAGACAUCGAUCUGUUUUACCGGCAAUGCCGCCUGUGGGUCAUGUUAUCUCCUAAUUCUCACCGAGUCGAACCCCGCGACCCAUUGCUCACUCGCCGUCUAUCUAUUUGUUCUUGUCCGUGGCACGUGAGGGUUAGUCGCAGUAGUAGCAAUCAGCAGUCACGAGCGAGAGCUAUACUCGAUGUGGUGUGCCGGGUUCAGAAAUGUGUUGUUUUGUCGCGUGUCCCACACCCCGAUGAUGUUAAUCCCUGCGUAUAAUAACUACCGAUAUCGUAUUAUGAACAUUGUUCUAAUAAUUAUAAUAAUUAUUUUUAUCCCAAGUGAUCAAUUGGGAGACAGUAUUCAUUACCUACGUAUGUGUGCAAAGGUAUUCCAGUAAAAAUACCAAUCAGUGUUUUAAUUGUAUGUACGGCAUGUAACCUUUGAUCCGCUACUAAGGCAAUACGUAUAUUCUUUACGAGAAAUGUAAUUCGAAUCUAAUGAUAAUAAUUGCUAUUAUUCUGGGGGACAAAUUCCUCGCGUUGUUAAACGAAAGAGUAAGUGGUGUGCACUUUAUCACGAUGUGAAAGUACAGCUGCCGGUUUAUAAUGUUUGCCGGCGGUGAUUUUGUGUGUGUGUGGGCGUGCGCGCGCUUUGUAAUAAACACUAUUAAACAUGUAAGAAAAACGACAAUAAACACACGUGAUUUUUUAUCAUCAAAU